CUGUGGGGCUGCCGAGUGAUGAUUCAGCCGCCAGUCGGUUGUCCGGUGUCAAAUGCUACACUGUCUAGUGGACUUGUGCCUCGGGGAGGAAUGAUGCUAAGUAGCAGGAGUAUGGACUGAAUGUCGUUCUACGGCUACCGCCGGCCAACUCGCCGGUGACGUCAGGGCUUGCAGAGUGCCGGUUGGGGAGGUGGAAGCCGGGGCGCGAGAGGCGCUUGCGGUCGUAGUGUUUACUUUGUUCCUGUAAUAAAACGGCUGCCGACGGAGCAUUGACCAUAUACUGGCCAGAAUAGGAUAUCAACUAUGGCGCAUCAGUUGGAUAUACCUCAAAACAAGUUUAAACUGGACCUACCUUUGUAAACAAGCACCUUGACCCACCUCAUUAUCUGCAAUAAACAGAAUGGCUGAAGGGGAAGCAAAGGCUUUCUUGUAUGGGUUUUUGGGAAAGAAGAAACUGAUUCCUGAAUAUUCAGUCAGGCAGUCUGGGCCAAAGCACAGACAGAGGUUUCUUUGUGAGCUGAGAGUGCACAAUUACACCUACACAGCAGUUGGCAAUUCUACAAGCAAGAAAGAUGCCCAGACAAAUGCAGCAAAGGAUUUUAUCCAGUAUCUGGUCAGAACUGGUGAAGUUAAUCCCACUGAGGUUCCAUCAGAGAAGGUGGCAGGAGCGCCGGCGCCGGCGGCGACCUCGCAGCACGGGUUCGCCGCCACCCCGCUGCAGCCGGUGCCGCAGCUGCACGAGCCAGGCAAUGUGUACAAGCCCAUCAAUUCAGCCCCAAACUCAACAUAUUUGGACAAGAUUGCGGCCAUGAACAAGAAAGAGGUUGAAGGGCAAGAGGAUGUGGACAUCAAUGCCAGCAUCCAUGGCAACUGGAGCAUGGAGAAUGCCAAGUCAAAGCUGCACCAGUUCCUGCAGACCAGCCGCGUCCAGGCCGACUAUACGUACUCGCACGUAGGGCCCGACCACAACAAAAGCUUUGUGGCCGAGAUGGGCUUUUAUGUGCGUGAGCUGAGCAGAAAUAUCCACGCCAGGGAGCAGGGCUCCAACAAACAGGCGGCGUCCAAGGCGUGCGCUCUGUCGCUGGUCCGCCAGCUGUUCCACCUGGGCGUGAUCGAGGCGUUCUCGGGCACGCUGAAGAAGGAGCGCUCGGACGAGAUGCCGGCCUACCCAGUGGCACUGGCGCCCGAGCUGCAGAGCCAAGUGGACGCGGUGCUGGAGAAGCUGGACCUGAAGCUGCCGGAACUCAAGCCGUCCGUCGACGAGCCGGUGUCACUGGUGAGCGACACGCGACUGGCCGACUUCCAGGCGGCCGCCCAGCCGCAGCCGGCCGGCGUCGUCUCCUGGUCGCCGCCGCAGACCAACUGGAACCCGUGGACCUCGUGCAACAUCGACGAGGGUCCCCUGGCCACGGCAACGCUGGAUGCUAUCUCGGAGGACCUGUGCACCAGCUACCAGGACCAGCUGAAGGAGGACGCAGCUCUGCAGCACAUGGUGGAGCAGCGGCGCCAGUUGCCGGUGGCCGACUGCCGCGACCACAUCCUGCAGACCAUCUGCGACAACCCGGUGGUGUUGAUCCGCGGCAGCACCGGCUGCGGCAAGACCACCCAGGUGUGCCAGUACAUCCUGGACGAGCACAUCCAGUCGGGCCAGGGCGGCCACUGCAACAUCGUGGUGACGCAGCCGCGCCGCAUCUCGGCCGUCUCGGUGGCGGACCGCAUCAGCCAGGAGCGUAGCCAGCCGCUGGGCCAUGCCGUCGGCUACAGCGUACGCUUCGAGUCGGUGCUGCCGCGGCCGUACGGCGCCAUCCUCUUCUGCACCGUCGGGGUGCUGCUGCGCAAGCUAGAGGCCGGUCUGCGCGGCAUCUCGCACGUGAUCGUGGACGAGAUCCACGAGCGCGACAUCAACUCCGACUUCAUCCUGGUGGUGCUGCGAGACAUGGUGCGCCAGUACCCCGACCUGCGGCUCAUCCUGAUGUCGGCCACCAUCGACACCAGCCUCUUCAUCGACUACUUCGGCGGCUGUCCGGUGGUGGAGGUGCCCGGCCGCGCCCACCCCGUCCAGCAGUACUUCCUGGAGGACUGCGUGCAGCUGUGCCAGUUUGUGCCGACGCCCGACAACAGGAAGCGGAAGCGAGACCGUGACGAUGACGACGACGAGGCCGGCGGCGGCGACGACGACGCCAACGCCAACCUGAACAAGGUGGUGGACGCGAGCCGGUACGACGCGGCCACGCGGCAGACCAUGGCGCAGCUGCUGGAGCGCGACACCAACUUUGAACUGAUCGAGGCCCUGCUGCGCUACUGCAAGGGCACUGGCACGACCGGCGCCGUGCUCAUCUUCCUGCCGGGCUGGAGCCUGAUCUUCGCGCUGAUGCGCCACCUCCAGCAGAGCUCGACCUUCGGUGGUCCCGGGUACCUGGUGCUGCCGCUGCACUCCCAGCUACCGCGGGAGGACCAGCGGCGCGUGUUCGACGCCGUGCCGGAGAACGUCACCAAGAUCAUCCUGUCCACCAACAUCGCGGAGACGUCCAUCACCAUCAACGACGUGGUGUUCGUCAUUGACUCGUGCAAGGCCAAGAUGAAGAUGUUCACGACGCACAACAACAUGACCAACUACGCCACCGUUUGGGCGUCGCGCACGAACCUGGAGCAGCGGCGCGGCCGGGCCGGCCGCGUCGGGCCCGGCUUCUGCUUCCACCUGUGCAGCCGCGCCCGCUUCGAGCGCCUGGAGGAGCACAUGACGCCGGAGAUGUUCCGCACUCCGCUGCACGAGGUGGCGCUGACCAUCAAGCUGCUGCGGCUGGGGGGCGUCGGCGACUUCCUCUCCAAGGCGGUGCAGCCGCCGCCCAUCGACGCCGUGAUCGAGGCCGAGUGUCUGCUGCGCGAGAUGCGCUGCCUGGACGCCAGCAACGAGCUGACGCCGCUGGGCCGGCUGCUGGCGCGGCUGCCGGUCGAGCCCCGCCUGGGCCGCAUGCUGGUGCUGGCCUGCUGCUUCGGGCUCGGCGACGCCGCCUGCACCAUCGCCGGCCAGGCGGACGGCCAGGACGUGUUCCAGUCAGGCCCCGACCAGCGCCGCGGCAACUACCACCAGCGCCGCUUCGCCGGCAACCGCUGCUCCGACCACCUGGCCGCGCUCAACGCCUUCCAGGCGUGGGAAGAGGCGCGCCAGGCGGGCGAGCAGGCCGAGAUCCAGUUCUGCGACUCCAAGCUGCUCUCCAUGCCGGCGCUGCGCGUCCUGUGGGAGGCUAAGAACCAGCUGAAACAGCUGCUGGUGUCGGCUGGCUUCCCGGAGGAGAGCAUGCUGUCGCAGACACUCAACUGCUGGGGGCCUGACCCGGCGCUGGACGUGCUGGUGGGGCUGCUGGCCGCCGGCACCUACCCCAACGUCUGCUACCACAGGGAGCGGCGCAAGGUGUUGACCAUGGAGUCCAAGCUGGCGCUGGUGCACAAGGCGUCGGUGAACUACAGCAAGGUGGACAUCCAGUUCCCGUCGCCGUUCUUCGUGUUCGGCGAGAAGAUCCGCACGCGAGCCGUCAGCUGCAAGCAGAUGACCAUGGUGACGCCGCUAAAGCUGCUGGCCCGCGCCUUCCCCAACGAGAAUAACCAGGCUAUAUCCGUACGGCUGGGCUGCAUGUGGAAGGCCAUGGGCCAAGACUACAAGAGCGUCUAUUACCAAAUGGCCAAGGACGCAGCGGCGGAACACAAGCGCAUGUAUCCAUCGUACGUGUACAGCCCGAAGGAAGCGCGCAUGCGGAAGCAGGCGCGCGAGCUGGUGCGCCGCGAGAAGACAGCGAGGCCGUCGCCAGCCAGUCCGGUCGCCGAGUCCGGAGUGACUGAUGUAGUACGCGCGACCGCGAGCGGCAUGGCUGAAGGGGGCACCCGCUGCGGCGGAGACGACCGACCCAGCACGGAGACCAGGGCCAAGCUGAUGGAGGUGGCCCAACUGCUGGAGUCGUUCUCAGCCAACGGGCUGUUACCGGAGGCCGCGAGCGCACGGCACGACGGCAUGUCCGGCGGCCCGCUGAGCCCCGCGCACGGCCAGCCCUUCCACGCGAACGCCGCGCAGGGCCCGACCUUCCACGGAAGCUUCCCUCAAGGUCUCGUCAUCCACGGAGACGUCGCGCACGGCCAGGCCGCUUACGAAGAUAGUGCGUGUGGCCAAGCCGUCCAUGGAGACAGCUUCAUGUAUGGCGUCACUCAAGGAGAAGGUCUCGCCAUCGGUCAGUCCAUGCAGGGGGACGGCCUCGUCCACGGCCAGCCGGCCCAGUACGACCCCCUCACGCACGCCUCGCUUGACUAUGGCGAGCACGCGCUGCGCGGGCCCGUGAGCCUGGCCAAUCACGUGGUGCUCUACCCUGCUGGUCACGGCAACCCACUGGCACAAGGCCCUGUCAGCGGCGGUGGUCACGUGACCGACGCUGCGCACUGGUGCGCAGAUAACCGGCUCGAGUCCCAGCAUUGGACAGCAGUGCGCUCCGGCCUGCUGCUGGCCGCCUCGCACCGGCACGCCGGCGGCUGCUGCCGGCCGGCCGGCGUCUGGGCCCAGAACACCGGAGCGCCCUGCGAUAGGACGCUGCCGAUCGCAGCGGCCUCGGCACCCGGGGCCCUGUUGCAAAGCCCCGUCUUCUCCGGCGGCCGGCUGCCGCGGCCGCAGCCGGUCUACUCACACGAGUCAGGGUCCCGCUGCAGGGUCGCCGCCUGCUGCGAAACGGCUGCGUAUCAGUGGUGCGGCCCGGCCGUGUUCGGUCCCCCGGAGAACGGCUCGCCGCAGCUGCUGCCCCCCGAAACGUGCUGGUCGUGA